AGUCGUCUGGACUACUCCUCAUCGUGACCUAGUACUAUGCGAUUCUCAGCUCUCGCUAUCCUUGCCGCCGUGCCUUUAACGGUCGACGCUUACCCUCAGUACGCCAAACGCUAUGCGUCACUGAACGGGGAAAAACGUGGGAAGUAUCCCAUCCUGAGGCGUGCGGCUGCACCGUACUCCGACCAGUUCCCGUACACUGGAGCCAAGCUUGACGGACAGGCGGGCACCGGCAAAGGUGGAGUUCAAGUGCCUGCUCCUGGCGACACCGACCACGAGUACCAAGAUCCUCCUCCUGGCGCUUUCCGUGGCCCCUGCCCUGGCCUAAACACGCUUGCGAACCAUGGCUUCCUCUCUCGUGAUGGCAUCACCACCUAUGCAGAAAUGGUGGCCGGCCUUCAGAACGUUUUUAAUGUACACUUUCCCACGGCGGUGGUGCUCACCCUGCUCGGCUUUGUCUUCGAUGGCGACCCCGUCUCCGAGAUGAUCUCAAUUGGUGGGGAGGCCGUCGAUCGCACGGGUCAACACGGGAAAUUCACGGGCCAAUACGGGGGGGUGAGCCGGCAUGGCACAUUCGAGCUCGAUGUUUCGCUGGCGCGGAGCGACUUCUACCUGAACGGAGAUGCGUUCAGCUUCAACGGUACUCUGUUCGGCCUGAUGCUCGAGACUGCGAAGAGUACCUCUUCUUCUGACAACCCGUUGUUCGACUUCAACGCGAUGGCGCUGUGCCGCUCGCAGCAGCACGAGCGUGCACGCGUCGAGAACCCCUGGCUGUACUUUCCUGAGCUGGUGUUGCACAAUUACGGCGCCGCUACUUUCCUGUACGAAGCCUUCCCCUCCUCAGCGAAGAACAAUACCCCCGAUCUCGAGACCAUCUCUUCCUUUUUCGGCGCCGUCUAACAGGCUGACGGUACCUGGGGACACGUGGGCGAGCGCCCACCUGCCAAUUGGCACAACAGGGUCACAGCAAUGACCCUCGCGGAUGUCACAAACGGCAUUGACGCUCUUUACGCUGCAUUUCCGAAGGAGUUUGGUGGGAAUGUGAAUGGGGUUUGGAUGCCUAAUAAUCAGACUUUUACGCCGUCCCCUCCAAGCAGCGGAGGGGACGUCGCUCUUCUGUGCUCCACAUUGGUCGAAAUUUUUGCCACCGCCCAGAACUCCCCACAACCAUUUGCUAUGCUCCAGUUCCUCCUGGAGAAGGCUACUCCAAUAAUAGCACCUUUCAACUGCGAUAUUCCCGGUGUCACGACCGUCUAGCCGCCC